UGUGAAAUGAUUGAAGUGUUAGCAGAGGCAUACUUCCAAAUUAGAAUUCUCACAAGAAAGAAGCUAAAAUUAUUUGUUGGAACUGUUGGAUUUUGUUUCACAGGUGACAGCACUUUGCUCACCAAAUUUCCAUUUCAAUCGCCUUCAAAACUAAAUUCUCCUCCAUUUUCUGCGGAACCCAAAAGUUCAUGGCAUAAGAAUUGUCUCCAUUCAGAUUCGGGCACCUGCUCUCUUUCCCCCUUCCUUCAGCUCUGGUUCUCUGGAGGAUGGAUCAUGAAAGGGCCCCCAUUUUGAGAUCUAAGGAUCAAAAGAAAAUUGAGAUGCCGUUGGCGUUGGUGUCUGAAGAAAGUAAUAUCAUUUUAAUUCCAGCAGAGUUGAAAUGCUUCUCUGUUUCUACUUCCAGGCAAGAAAACAUAACUUUGGAAUCAAAGGAACGACAGAAGUCGGCAUCCCAACUUUCUGGGCUUAUCAUUUUCUAUCUUGUGGUUAUGUUAGUAGAGAUUGUCGGUGGAAUGAAAGCCAAUAGCCUUGCGGUUUUGACAGAUGCGGCCCACUUGCUCACAGAUGUUGCCGGAUUCUCCAUAUCUCUUUUCACUGUCUGGGCUUCAGCAUGGAAGGCAACAUCAAAUCAUUCUUUUGGAUUCAGCCGUCUUGAGGUCUUGGGUGCUCUUAUAUCCGUGCAGCUUAUAUGGCUAGUAUCUGCACUCUUAAUUUAUGAAGCGCUCAACAGACUUCUCCAUGACAAGCAGAAGGUAGAUGGGGCACUCAUGUUUGCUAUUGCUGCAUUUGGAUUUUUUAUCAACUUGAUUAUAGUCCUUUGGCUGGGUCAUGAUCACAGUCACCAUGUUUUCGGAAACAAUCACCACCACCACCACCACCACCACCACCACGUACACUUGCAUGACCACCACCACCACCACGAACACCUGCAUGACCACCACCACCACCACGAACAUCAUGACCAUGAGGGUGGUAAACCAUGCGAUUUAACCGAGGAAGAUGAAACUAGUCUAGUAACAAGUACUCCGAAGACAAAGAUAUUGAACAUAAAUCUCCAAGGAGCUUACUUGCAUGUCAUGGCCGACCUAAUUCAAUCUGUUGGGGUGAUGAUUGCGGGAGCUGUUAUUUGGCUAAAACCAAAUUGGCUAAUCGUUGAUCUUCUCUGCACCCUCAUUUUCUCCACCUUUGCACUAAGUACCACCCUCCCCAUGCUUAGAGAUGUUUUCGAUAUAUUGAUGGGAAGGACGCCGAGAGACAUUAAUAUUGAUAUGGUGGAAGACGGUAUCAAGGGUAUCAAUGGGGUCGAAAGCGUUCACGACCUCCAUGUAUGGGCAAUAACUGUUGGGAAACUUGUAUUGUCCUGCCAUGUAGUCGCAAAGCCAGGGGUCGAGUCGAAAGAGAUGAUUAGCAAGAUCAGGGAUUACUGUGAAAGUACAUAUAAAAUUCAUCACAUAACCGUACAAAUCGAGCAGUUAUAGGAGAUUGUAAAUUUAAAUCAGUGAAUGACUUUGGAAAGAUCUGAUGUUAUGAGAUGAUGCUUCUAGGUUUAUGCUUAUCAACUAGAUUAUUUUCCCCAUUAGAAGCUCAAAUGGACCGAGAUGGUUAAUGCCUAUUUGUUACCAUCUUCCCGGUUGCAA